AUGUUGGUAUUCGUAUUUAUGCACUUAGGUAUCUGCGUGGGCAUCUCAAAAGCAUUGCUGAAGGGAGAUCCCGAUGCACUCAACAUCAACUCACUUCUCGGGAAACACACCUCAACAGUAUUCAAUUUUUGCUCUCCUCGUUAUUCUCACAGCUUUAAAUCAUGGAAACUGGACUUCGUCCCAUCUGAGCCCGAAUAUCACGAUGUACCGACUCACAGAUUUCCUGGUUGCACCGAUCAAUACAAGCCACCUCGGUGGGUUGACCAAUCACACUCUUUAGUUUACGCAACAACUUACGCCAAGGCCGUGUGCGCGGGAGAUGCUCCGCAGCCCGGUUGCCAGUUGGUCGGUAACUCCAAUAUUUCAGCUCUCAGAUAUACCUUUUAUUACCGCAACUACUACUGGUUUUACAGAGCGCUAUUGAAACUUGCAAUUGUAUCAUGUGAAAAUUGCGGGGAGGAUGUUGAUGAAGAUGUUGUUCUUGCGCUGAUGUUCCAAGGAGAAACAGGGGUCGUUGCUUUUGCUUUUCAUGUGUUAGCUUGGUGUUUCUACUUCUAUUGGGAGGCAACCUUUCAUGAUGUAUCAGAUUCGUUGGUCCUGUAUCUGGGUAUUUUCAUACUGCGAAGGUCGACCAACUCGGCUAUUUCUUCUCCUCAUUGGAGCAAGCUACCAGGUUCCAAAGCUAUGACUCUGUCGUGA